UAUUGUAGUGCAAUAGACUAAACAAAGGCAAGUGUACACUAUAAUGGUGGCCGUAAAUUUAUGCAGGCUAUGUUUAGUCGCCAUCUUUGUUGUCAUUGCUGUUUAUUCCAGAACAAUGUCCAGAACCACAAUGAAGGGUUACAACGAGACAAUAAUAAAGGGUUACAGCAAGAUGACAAUGAAGGGCUAUAGAGAAUUGAUCAGUACACCACCGUCAAGUUGUGAUCUUUUUUCAGGUAAAUGGGUUUAUGAUAAUUCGACGAAUCCUUUGUAUUCAUGGAAGCAGUGCUCAUUCUGGAAUGAUUGGUAUACCUGUGAGAAGCAUGGAAGAAAGGAUGUAACUUAUCAGAAUUGGAAAUGGCAACCCGAACAGUGCGACUUACCAAGGUUCAAUGCCGAAGCAUUCCUAGAGAGAUUGAGAGGGAAACGGAUGGUUUAUGUUGGAGAUUCAAUGAGCACAAAUCAGUGGGCUUCCAUGGUUUGUAUGGUGGAGUCUGUAAUCCCGUCAGCACUCAAAUCUAUGCACAGCAAUGGCUCUCUCAUGAUCUUUAAAGCCAUUGAGUUCAAUGCAACUAUUGAGAGAUAUUGGGCGCCAUUUUUGGUUGAAUCAAAUGCGGAUAAUCCGGUGUACCAUCGAGUACCACAUCGGAUUGUCAGAGUUGGAGCUAUUGAAAAACACGCAAUUCAUUGGUCUGAUGCUGAUAUACUUGUCUUCGAUUCCUACCUUUGGUGGAAGGAUCCAGAACUAGAACUCUUAUGGGGACCCUUUGUAAGGCCUAAUGUAGGAAUCUACAAAGAUUUAGGAAUGUUGGGUAAGUUUGAAGUGGGUCUGAAAACAUGGUCCAAUUGGCUAGAAAAUCAUAUAAACCUUACAAAGACGCAAUUGUUUUUCAACAGCAUAACACCAGUACAUGCGAGGGCAGGGGAAUGGGGAAAGAACAAAGAAGGAAAUUGUUACAACGAAACAGAACCAAUAUUACAAGAACAUUACUGGGGUCAAUGGACAAGUACAGAGUUUAUGAAGGCCUUGGAGAGUACAGUCGAUGAAUUAAAGCAUAAAGGUGUUGAUGUGAAAAUACUGAAUAUUACACAACUAUCAGAGUACAGAAAAGAAGCUCAUACUUCUGUGUAUAAGAAAAUAUGGGAUACAUCAACUCCAGUUAAAAUAUCAGACCCUGUUAGUUAUUCUGAUUGUCAUCAUUGGUGCCUCCCUGGAGUCCCUGAUACUUGGAACGAACUCCUCUAUGCUUACAUACUACCUAAAUGAGUUAUUUUUUAAGAAUGUAUUGAUGUCAGUGUUAGUAAAGUGUUGUUUCUAUUAUUCAACGGCA